AUUGUAACUUUGACUAACUACUCAGAGCCGCAGCUUUCGGUUAUCCUAAUAUUCUUAUUACAGUUGGGUCGUGGAGCAGUUUAGUAUUUUAUCAACAAAAGCAAACUUUGAAAACUCAAAUUUGCAAUCUUUAUAUGUAGACUUCUGCAAGUUCUGAGAGACUCUGUGUUUGUGUGAGAGAGACAAUAGUCUCCUCCUCAACAUCAUCUGUUUUCUGUUUUUUCUCAUCGACUAUCUCUGUUUUUCAUCUUGUCUGGGUUCUUCUUCUUGAUACUUGAUUGAUAGAAGGAAAGAGAAAGAUCCAAAAAUGGUGACAUUUGGAGGAACUACCGAGAAAUGCAAGGCCUGCGACAAGACAGUUUACUUGGUGGAUCAGCUCAGAGCUGAUAGCAAGAUCUAUCACAAGGCUUGCUUCCGGUGCCACCACUGCAAGGGUACCCUCAAGCUUAGUAACUAUUCCUCCUUUGAGGGUGUCCUGUAUUGCAAGCCUCACUUUGACCAACUCUUUAAGAUGACUGGCAGUUUGGACAAAAGUUUUGAAGGUGCUCCAAAAAUUCCCAGAUCUUUUGAACCGGCCCAUCCCAACAACAGAGUUUCAAGUUUGUUUGGGGGAACUCAAGACAAGUGUGUGGCUUGCAAAAAAACAGUAUACCCAAUUGAGAAGAUAGCAGUUGAUGGCAGCUCAUACCAUAAGGCCUGUUUCAAGUGUUGCCAUGGAGGCUGUAUGAUCAAUCCAUCUAGCUAUGUUGCCCAUGAGCACAAACUUUACUGUAGGCACCAUCAUUCCCAGCUCUUCAAGGAGAAGGGGAAUUUCAGCCAACUCAAAAAUCAUGAACAAAUUAAAGGGGUGACAGAGAACACAGUAUCAGCUUGAUGCACGUGGAAGCCUGCACAUCAUCAUCUAGAGUAGUAGUCUAUGUUUCCAUUACAGCUGUUGGAUGCAACAAUACUGGAUCACAUCUGUACUGGGUCUUGGUAAGCUUAAUUUGGAGAGAAAAUAUGUAAAUUUAUAAAAAGAGCUAAAGGCUUCAAGGAGGUUGAUAUUCAACAGUGGGGAUGUAGUUUGAUUUAUAGUUCUUUGAGCUAGUGAUGUUUGAAUGAGUAAUAAUUGUCGAAGAGGUGGGUUUUGUUCUUAAAAUAAGUAAUGAGCCAAUGUCUUGUGUA